GCACAGGUUUGUCAUCAACUGUUCACUUUCCCACUAUUGUCUGGGAUGCAUCUGCUCUGGAGUCAGCUGGUUGAUACACAGAUUCCCCUCCUGUCUGCCAGCAACACAUCCAUCCUCCACCGUAUCUGGCUCUAAUGCUGUUUGACCACACACGUCUCCACUGAGCAUCUCUGCAGCCACACACCAGCCAUGAAGUUGGCUUUGCAAAGGUUAGCCGGCACCACCAUCAGCACGCUAACAACAGGUGUCCAGUAUCUCGGCUCCAACGACGCCAGCUACCACGACCCCUCCGUCGACUCGACCCUGAUCAAGAGCAGGUCCUACUUUGAGAAACCUCUCCCCGCCGCCAUCGCCCACUCGCUCUCUUCACUUGUCCCUGGGAAUAAGGAGGUCCUCUACAAUGGCCUCUCUCCCAUUUUCCCCACCAAUGUGUCAGACCUUUUGCUCGCCAAUGGCACGUCUCUGGAUAGCGGAGGAGCGCCACCGUGCGGGGAGGACUUUGCAGACAACAUGGAGUGCUUUAUGAUUUUGACUCCUGGUCAGCAGCUCGCCGUGGCCAUCUUGGCCCUCACCCUGGGCACGUUCACGGUGCUGGAGAACCUCAUUGUGCUGUGCGUGAUCCUGCACUCCCAGACGCUCCGAUCGAGGCCUUCCUACCACUUCAUAGCCAGCCUGGCUGUGGCUGAUCUGAUAGGAAGCAUCAUUUUUGUCUACAGCUUCCUGGACUUCCAUGUGCUCCACAGGAAGGACAGCCCCACUAUCUUCCUCUUCAAGCUGGCUGGGGUCAUCGCCUCCUUCACCGCCUCUGUAGGAAGUCUGUUCCUCACCGCAAUCGACCGAUACAUAUCCAUCCACAGGCCCAUGGCGUACAAGCGCAUCGUCACAAAGACUAAAGCAGUCGUGGCCUUCAGUGUGAUGUGGACGAUCUCCAUUGUCAUCUCCCUGCUGCCGCUGCUGGGCUGGAACUGCAAGCAACUCAACUCCGUCUGCUCGGACAUCUUCCCUCUCAUGGACCAGAAGUACCUGAUGUUCUGGAUCGGCAUGACCAGCGUCUUGCUGCUGUUCAUCAUCUACGCCUACAUGUUCAUCCUCUGGAAGUCCCACCACCACGCCGUCCGCAUGCUGAGCCGCAGCUCUCAGAGGAGUGUGAUCGUUUACACGGCGGAGGGGACUAAGGUUCAGACAGCAAGGCCCGAGCAGGCCCGCAUGGACCUCCGCCUGGCCAAAACCCUGGUUCUGAUCCUGGUGGCUCUCAUCAUCUGCUGGGGCCCGCUGCUCGCCAUCAUGGUCUACGACCUCUUUGGGAAGGUGAACGACUUCAUCAAGACCGUGUUUGCCUUUUGCAGCAUGCUGUGCCUGCUCAACUCCACCAUCAACCCUGUGAUCUACGCCAUGAGGAGCAAGGACCUGCGCCGGGCCUUCCUCAACAUCUGCCACAUGUGCCGGGGAGCGGCGCAGCCCCUGGACAACAGCGCUGAGAGCGACUGGAACAGCAGGAGUGUGAGAGGAGCAGCAGGCGGGGGGGCGGGGAAAGGCAGAAACACCCAAGUGAAAGUAGCCCGGGUUACGGUUUCUGGAGUGACGGAGCCUCACACUGCAGAGGCUGUUUGA